CAAACAGUGUUUUAGUCAAUCUGGCCUAUUGCUGCGUUAUGACAAUUGGCCCCUUUCCUUGUUCACCUGCCAUCCCCCCCGCUGGGUCCCGCCACACCACUCAGAUUCAGAGUAUCACGGACGAAUCGCGUAACUCGAUCCGGAGAAAGAACCAGAGCACCUCUGAGGGCACAAACCUCAGCCGGCAAUCCUCAACAGUGGAGGACAAUCAGGAGGACGAGGCCCAGCUAAUCCACGACAGAAACACAGCGUCUCACGCCACGAUAAACGACAAGGCGGAAGGCGGGCUCGACCGGGUUCACAUGACCUGGACCAAGGAGAAGCUGUUCACGGAGCGCAACCGCAACCGCGAGUGCAACUCCAACGUGGUCGUACGAGACCUGUUCAACAUGAAACCAGAGUGGGAGAGUCUGAACCAGUCAAAUGUCCGCCGGAUGCACACGGCUGUGAAGCUGAACGAGAUGGUGGUCAACAAGUCGCAGGGAGCCCAUCUGGUUCUGCUCAACAUGCCCGGACCACCCAGUAACAGAGGAGGAGACGAAAACUACAUGGAGUUCCUGGAGGUUCUCCUCGAGGGUCUGAACCGGGUCCUCCUGGUGCGAGGCGGGGGCCGCGAAGUCAUCACCAUCUACUCUUAGGAAAACACAAAAAAACUCUUACGCCCCAUCCUGCACACACGGACUUUUGCCAUGGAUACCAGUCACCGGGCAAUUUUCGGGGAAGAAGCCUAAUUUGUUUUUUAUGAAUGGCGGGGUUGUUGGAAGGCGGGACCACUUGUAAUUGACUGAUGGUUUGAAGGACGUCAGGAAGAAGCGUUUAAUCAGUGGACUGGUGGAGAGAAGGAAGCACAGUGUGCGUCCACGCUGUACCCCUGCAUGUGGAAGAUAGAGCAUAGAGACACUUUAUAUUGUUCAUUUUACUCUGAAAAAUUAUGUUCUGUUACAUCUUCAUAUUCUUUCCCUCUUUUGUUGAUGUUUUCAAGUUACUGGCACUCGCUGUGUAAAGAUAAGCAAAGAAGUGAACGUGCGCCGUUGAUAUGAUCCUCGUAGUCUGUUAUUUUGUAUGGUGCACUGUGGGAGGUGCAGAGACAUUUGCUGAGAACUGAGAAAAACAUGCAUAUCGAAGACAGACUUUGAACAAUGCUUACUAAAUAAUUACAUUUAAAAUAACUUUCUAAGAUACUAGUUUCAGUAUAAACUACAAAAGAGCAAGCAGUCAGUUUAAAAGCUGUAUAAAACAUCCUAGGUCGUCAUCUGUCGGUGUUCUGUGGUUGUUCGCCUUUUCAAUGAUUCACUGAAGGAUGUUGGCUCACUUCCUGUUUUCAGAUCACAGGUACUUGAUCAUUGUCAACAUCUCCCACCUUCAUAUAUCGGGAAAAAUAGCCAUAGGUAAUUUAAAGGACCCUUUGUAAGCUUUAUAAGAUGACAUACUUAAUGCAUACAUAUUUAUGGUGGCUAACGUAGUGCUCAGUUGGGAGUAACUAUAUAUCUUUUUUAAUCCGAGGGCUGUUUGACAGCGUGCAGUAGUUUAAUACAAUAGUAGAUUGGCAAUGUUGACUUUGCACUACCUAUCUUUCAGCACUUAAUUCAUUGUGAACUGUCCUCUGGUUCCAUCGCCUAUAGUGACACUUUCCACUGGCUGACACACGGCUACAUUGUGCAGAGAGAUACUGAGCAGAAUAUAAUUCCACACUAUUUAAUACUCAGCGUUGUUUUUAUAAUGUUUUACCUGACAGAACUCUUUAGGCUCUGAGCCCCAGACUGAGUAGAUUUAUUGUAAUGAGCAUGUGUAGGAGAAAAAGUGCCAAAAUGAAACAAAAGAAACUGUGGAAGUAUUAUUGAUUCAUCUUUAAGCCACAAAAUAGUAAUCGCUUUUUAUUACAUUGACAAUCUUUAAAAAAAUUAAAAGCACAAUUACUUUUUUUAUGAUAGAGUUCAUCCCUGUUAGAAGGCUUUUAACAUUUCUAAAAAUGCAACAAGUAGUGGAAUUUCCAGGACCAUUCAAAGAUGGUUCAAAUGCUGCACAAAAUAAUUGUAAAAAGGGAAGAAGGAAAACGAAUUCAACCCUUCCUCGUGUGUACCUCCACAGUUUCUCUUUAUAUUAGCUGCAGUAUGUUGCGAAGCAGAAAGUCGAGUUCUCCUGAAGUUCUUUGUAGGAAAAUGAGAACUUCAGAUUGCCAGUUAAGCAACAUCCGUGUUUUGUUGUGUUUUUGUUCAGUUGCUUACGUAUGUUACUAUAUAGUUAUGGUCUCUGUAGUGUUUGUUGAAUUAUAUUUGAUCUUCUGUUACUUUAAGUGUUCAUUUUUCCGUGUGAUUUUUAUGGAAGGAGGCAGAGAGUGUGUGUGAAGACGGCAGCAGAUGUGUUUUGUUCCAGCCAAUCAGAAAACACGUCAUGCACAAACACACUAACCCCCCCCCCCCCCCCCUCGGGAUACAGUGGCACCCUGGACUGAAAGUAAAAAAGAAAUCAGAGUGAAGCGACCAGGGUACAAAGGAAGGGUUCAAAUAACUCUGUCAAUAUAUGCAGUUCAAACAAUUUCAGUUUCCUUGUUCAGUUUUAUAUUUUAAGCACCAAAGAUAAAACAUAGUUCUGUAUAAAUAAACUUGAAAUUGUCUAGUUUUAAGACGUGAGAAACCUUGAAAGUUGUAAAGAUAAAUUAUUAAAGUUGUGAAAUUGUUUUCAAAUCGGUUACUGGGCUUAAUAGCAGUAGCUACGCAUACAGAAAACACGAAACCCUCAAAAAAGAGUUACUGGAGGUAUAUAGAAUUGUCCGCAGUGUGUUUUUCACAGCUCUAAUGUUUGAGGUGACUGGAGAAAGAAAUCUACCUCAAGGUGUCACUGAGGCUUGACCGGAGAAAAAGAAGCGUGUUCAAUCACAUCUCUCUUUCAGAACUGAUGUUACAAAUGGUUUCAUGAAAGGGAAAAGGCAUCGGUGAUGUGCGAGGACGUGCAGAAUAGUGUGCGUUUGUGUGUGUGUUCCUGAGGUGAAGCUGUUUCUGUUUCUGCUGUUGUCAGGCUCAUAGCAGGCCUCAGUCUGGAUCAGGAAGUCGAUGUGGGCGCACACAUAGAGAAGGGUAGCCCUGUCAAUUGUAUUUGUGCCUCUGAGUAAUUAUUAAAAGUGCUGAAAUAAACCAAAA